CUUUGUUUUGUGACGUGUGGCAACCUCAUCAGUCCCAUACUGGUUGUCGUAUAAUUUUCAUAAUUUGUCUGGUUUCUGAGUAAAUUUUGUGAUCUUGUUUGCAGUUAAAAUAGCGAAUUUAUCAAAAAAUAUAUAACGAUGUAAUUAAUAAACACAAAUGUCUAGCAAUAACUAGCACAAAAUCCUCCGAAUUGCGAUAAUUAUCACCCGAGACAGAUAAUAGAAAAAAUAGUGCACUUUGCUGGGUAGAAUGGCAAACAAAGAGACAAAGAAUAAAUAAAGGAAGUGCAACGUAAAUAAGAAAAAGGAAUAAAUAUAUAAGCACUGCCAGCGGUAGGAGAUCGACUUUAACAAGGGAGUCUCUUGCAAUAUGGCAUAUGAAUUUGAAUCUUGUGUUCGCAAUGUAUGCUUAUGUUAAAAUUGAUAAAUGGUUGAUAAAUAGUGUUGUGUCAACGUGAACAGUUCAUAUCUGUGAACUUUUCUGCUGACUCGCUUUGUGCUUUUUAAUAAAGUGCAAUCAAAAAAAAUUUUGCGAUUGCAGGUAAUCGUCAAUAAAGUGCAAUAGAGCAUAUUUAUAAGUAAGAAAUAGUCAAAAAGCAAAAACAGGGGAACCAAUGGAGAACAAUGAAGAUGAAAUGCGGCGACAUAUACGUCACGAAAUCGAAGUUCCAGCCUUUCAUCAUGAGAUGGAAAUCAACGAGAAUGGACCCACGUAUGGCCUGGUCUAUGAUCGUGGAGAACGUGCAUCUACUUUGGGUCUUACAAUCGAGCCAAGCCCCUUAACAUUCUACAUGGGUACACCAACUGAAUCUGUGGUAGAGGCCUCUGCCACAUCAAAUAUUCACAACAUGCAUAGUUAUCCAGCCGCAGUACUCGCACCACAUACGCCACCUAACGCAACAGCACACUACGAAGGUGUUACCACAACUCUGUCAUAUGAUCCAGCUACCAACGCACUAUCAACUUCGGUAUCCGAACAACCAAUGGUUGGUUCUAUCGAUGUACAGAUGUAUCAGCCGGUGCGACAUCAUAUGCAUCAUUAUAAUCAUGUACAUUCUCAUCGUCAUGAUUUGGGACAUCAAAAUCACACUAUUGUACAUUCUCAUCUCCUUCCCCAGCACAGAAUUCACCAUCAUCAUACUAAUCAACAACAUCAGCUUGCGCAUUCAACUACUUCUGCUGUACAAAUCGAAGACGAACUAUCCACUGAACGUUGUGCCUACGAUACUUGUUUAAUGCAGCGUAAUCCCUAUAUGCUGUGCAACAAAUGUGUCUCAAGUACAUGCCAUUGUACCCAUAAUGAUACCAAUGGGAUAAAUUCUUCCUCAUAUGAGACUUUACAUGGCUCGGAUCAUAUGCAUACACCACGACAUGUUGAUCCACAAUCAGAACAAGCUUUAUUAGCAACUAAUGAACUGACACGAGUUGAGCGCAUGGAUAUUAAUAUGGUGGCAAAUCGUACGAAUGUAAAUUUAGCCACCAGUACAAAUACUGUUCUUAAUCUGCACGAUGUCGAAGAAGUUGGAGUUGCGGGCGCUGUUGGCGGUGAGCAUGAUUACGCUAUGGGGACCUAUUGGGCUCCUCCAGCAGCUGAUUCAAAUGAUAGUGUUGUUCUCUCGAUUCCACCUGCAACUUCUGCUGAGAGAGAAAAGAGCGAUUAUAAAUGUAAAAAGAUGAUGGCCACCUCUACUCACAAUAACAAUUGUGCUGCAUCAAGUAGCUCUCCUUUGAAUUCUAACACUUUCUCUUCGGAUGCUCAAAUGUCUUUGCCACAAGAUAAUGCAAUUCGGCCGAGUCAUUAUGCUGCGGUAUCUACUAUAACCAGCAGUGCUAUGGAAACAGGGUCCACAACUAUGGCAGAUGGCAGUGCCUCCUUAGAUUCGCUGGACGAUGAAAUGAUGGUGGCUUCAACUACUGCACCAAAUGUUUGUAGAAGCGAAGAAACAGAAAAUAACUCUCCUGUAGUAGGUAUUGCUACGGCUAUCCAAGUAAAUUUGCCAGCAUCCACAGUCCAUGCUGAGACAAAUAAUGAUAACCAUUCCCAUCCAAAUCCAGAAUCCAGCGAAGCAAUAGCACAAACUGAAGAAGCAUUUAACACCUCACCAAUAUCUUUAAAUACUAGCGACGAGGUAACGUCAGCGUCUGAUACCGAACGCGCUCAUUUUGCGGAUACAUGUACUACCAACACUACUACAACAACGUAUGCCGCAAAGAAACAAAACAAACCAACUAGUAUUGGUGGCAAUAAUGUGGUUAAUGGCGCUAGCAGCAGCGGGAGCAGUAGUUCGAGUGCUGUGGGUGGAAGAAGCAGCGUUAAUAGUUCGAUAAGUAAUCGCGGUUCUGUUGCUAAUAUGGAUGAUUUAACCGACAUGGAUGCUUUGCCGAGUUAUAGUGGUGCGGCAAAUAAUAACAACAAAUCAGUUACUCCCAACAGCUGUAUUGAUGAAGCACAUUCGUCAACCAGUUUUCGUACGAUUAGUAACUCAGCGUUUUCCGCAUUCAAUAGCAAUCCCGCUUGUGAACCUAAUCUUGCCGAGGACGAUGGAGGGGACGAUGAUGAUGAGAUUAUUUGGAACUUGCAUAAACCGCAAAAUAAUUGCAGUACAGCUACAUCGGGGAGUGGACAGCAGGAAAGACAUAAUCCUCAUGAGUUCUUACGUUGGCGCGAACGUGAACGUCAGCGCGUCAGAGAUCGUGAACAACAACAGUUUCGACGUGGAGGAGUUACAAAUGAGUUAGCUUGGCUGCGUGAGUGCAGAGGAGAUGGUAGUGAUGGGUCUGAAGUUUAUUCACAAGAGCGACCAAGUACCAGUCGAGAGGCAGAUAUUUCAUCGAGGGCUCCUAAAAUACCACGCAUGACCACCAGUGUGGUGAGAACCAAUACGUCUAGAUCUAUCGAUAAUAUACCAGAUGAACGCAAUAAUACUAACUGCAGUGAUUCAACAGAUAUACGCACUGCACGUCGCAAAAUCUGGCGUAUGUUGAAUGUUCACGAGUCUAGUGAAGUGGAUGAGGUACCACAAUCGACGCCAUCGCAACAUAUAGAGGAAAACGCUAGGUCGUUGACUCCGCCGAGCAACGAAGCACCUUCAGACAGUGCGUCGGCGAUUGAGCAGGGUCCUUUUGUUAUUACCUACGCCGGUCAUAGUGCUGGUCAUUCUACAGACAACAAUGUAGUGCUAUUGGAAGAUAGUGAUAUAGAGGAGCAGCCACAUAUAUACAACACAAACUAUCUUAUGCAAAGAACAUCAACUACAUCUGGUGGGGAAGAAGUAGGCGGCACUGUUACCGUGCCCACUGAGGAAACACCAGUGAGAUCACCGCUAAUAAUGCAGCCUUAUGUGGAUGAUGAGCAGCCAACUUAUUCGGGUGCUAUAGCUGCUGCAUCAAAUAAUGCUUCCAAGACCGUCAAUGCUGUGACAGAUCCUAGCUUAAAUGCCGCCUCAGUGAGAGUUUCAACAUCUUUAAAUGCUUCCAGCAGUGGCGCAGCUGUAUUAACUGCACCCGACUUACAAUUGGAUUGGUUGUCAGAUUCCACAGCUGACGAUGAUGAUGUCGUGUUCGUGCAUUCCACCCGGGAACCGAUACUUUCUAUUGAUCUCACUAACGAUGAUGAUACACCAGCGAUUGGUCAUAUUAGUGGCGGAGAUGGUGGCACUUCCACAGAUUCCACUGAAACACCACUUGAAGAUUCGAAUAGCACACAUCCGAGUUACUUACGUACAAGGGGAGUAGAAAGCACAUCUGGCGCUCCAUUAUUACAUCCAUAUGCCGUUGUACCACCAGGCUAUCAACAGUGGGACUCGCCUGCAUCAUCCAAUCAAACACAAUCACUUACCAACACAGAAACCGAUGAACCUAGAGCGCAUGGCCAACAUCAUCAUAAUUGUAUUAGACAUGCCGUUUACCAGCCGCAGCAGGCCCAUCAACCACAACAUCAACGCUUUACAUCAAUGCUACGGAAUCGCUAUUACAAGUAUUUACCACGCCCGGCACCGAAUCCGUUUUAUGAGCCACAACAAGCUCAUCAGUCACAACAUCAACGUCCCAUGGUUCUUGAGUUACCACCACACGGUAUGUGUCCAGAAAUGCGGCGCCUUCGACGUUCACCACAACUGAAUAUGGCGACAGCUGCCGCGACAAUGGGCCGCUCAGCCAUACCCGUAUUACGCAACGCAGCCACGUCGGCAGCACCAAGCUCAGACACCUCAAUCACUUCAAUACCGUCUAUCGAAGAGGUGUCAUUGCAGGAUUUGUUUGGCAAUCGUGUUCCAGCAGCUCACGGUUCAAUGCAUCCUCAUCAAGGUCGCAAUGAGGGAAGCAAUCUUCUUUUUCAAAGUCGUCACAGCGGUCCUUCGCGCUAUGCUCGGGGUGUUUCCGCUGGUGGCAUAAGUGAUAGCGUCGAUUUAGCCGAUAGUUCAAAUACUGGAAUUGGGAGCAAUGGUGUUUACCCCAAUGUUCCUGGUGGCGAUAGCACCAGUAGUAAUAGCAGCCCACCAAUACCACAAAUAGCGCCAUUUUAUCUCCACUAUAGACGAGCUGAAGAUGAAAUGCCACCACUGCAACGAAGCACACAUCAUACUCAGCAAGAACCCUCAGUCAUUCCUUCAUGUUCGUUUAGUCGCAGUCAUUCCACAUUAACUGGUGUCGCAAUGGCCCGAGCUAUGCCACAAGCUACUAACGGCAGUUCAGAACACAUGCGAGACGUAUCGCCUACACCACCCACCUACUUAUCCGCAACAGCAACCGCAGUACCACCUCCAGGCUCAACACCAGAAGUUGCUUCAUCACUGGCUGCAGCCGGACAUUCGAAUGGCGGUGGUAUUGCCGUUGGUGAUGAACGUCUCAAUGGCUCUCUACCAUAUCCCUCGUUUGCCGUAAAUGCACGUUCACGUGUGCCAUUCUCCAAUUUUAUGGGUCGACAUCAUCAAAACAGUACCACUGGAAAUACUGGCCACCAUAAUGGUAGCCAUCAUAGCGGCGCCGCACCACCUUAUCCUGUCCAUCAGAACCUUUGGUAUCGCCAGCAACAUAUACAGGAAAUACACCGCCGCCAUAUGACACCCACACCCAUAGAUCUUUCAUCGAACCCACUCAAUUUGACAAACAGUUUCCGCUGGCGUUCUCAACUACCGAAUACUUGUUCCUGUGUACAUGCCAGCAAUGGACCGGUAUCUAGCUUGGAUCCGGCUUACUAUCCAUAUGAAGCACAACAACGACGCCGUUCCGCUGUACACCACCACAUGUUUCAUCAUUACUCACCCGUACAUUUGGAAAUUGGACUUUCCCCACUAUCACAUAUUGGACCACACAUUUUAAUUGGGUCUGCAAUAAGACCAAAUCGUGGUGCCACUUUGGAAAUUAUUGAACGCAACACCUUGCCGCAUAAAUACAAGCGUCUACGCCGCCCAAGUGAAUCGGAUGAGGAUGCUGAGAAAUGUGCCAUUUGUUUAUCAUUAUUUGAGAUUGAGAAUGACGUUCGCCGUUUGCCAUGCAUGCAUCUCUUCCACACUGAUUGUGUCGACCAAUGGUUAGUUACAAAUAAACACUGUCCUAUUUGCCGCGUUGACAUAGAGACGCAUUUAACUAAAGACGCAACCACAUCUAGUGCUUUAUGACACUCACCUACCACGGGACUGCUCAUGUAAGGUGAGGAGAAGUGAGCGCAGGAGAGAGAAUAUAAAACUAAUAAUCUGCAGCGUUCAUAAAUCGAAAAA